CCAACAAUGAAAUUUCGUCAAAAUAUUGCCGUUUUUGGCACUGUAACAAUACUUUUUGGAUGUAUUACAUUAUAUUUAAUGACUGAUUUAACAUUUCCCCAAAAACGAGAUAUUUAUCAAGAUAAUAAAUGGCUACAUUUUGAUGAUCGAUUAAAACGUUUAGAAGAUAAUUUAAAUCAGCACAAUGAGCAAUUUGGUGCAAUUAAAAAUGUAAUUGAAAAAUUGAAACCGGCAGAAAAGCUAACAGAUUUAAAAAUCAAUGAUGAUUUUAAAUAUGAUCAAUUAAAUGAUGAUUCAAAUAGAAGUUGUCCAUUAUUAGUUCAGUCUUCACAUACAGAUAUUCAGAUGUUAGAAAUGUACGAAAAAUUAAAAUUUGAUAAUAUUGAUGGAGGUGCAUGGAAACAAGGGUUUCGAAUAGAGUAUAAUGAACAGGAUUGGAAUGCGCAUCACAAAUUAAGAGUAUUUAUAGUGCCACAUUCGCAUAAUGAUCCAGGUUGGCUAAAAACAUUUGAACAAUACUUUAGAACACGUACCAAAUUUAUUUUUGAUAAUAUGAUGGAGAAAUUGAUAAAACGUCGUAAAUUCAUAUGGGCUGAAGUAUCGUUUUUGAAAUUAUGGUGGGAUCAAAUACCAUAUGAAGUUAAAACACGAUUUAAAAAUCUCGUGCAAUCUGGACAAAUAGAAAUUGUAACGGGUGGUUGGGUAAUGAAUGACGAGGCAAAUACACAUUGGCAAAAUAUGGUAUUACAAUUAACCGAAGGUCAUCAAUGGUUACAACAAAAUUUAAAUAUAACACCACAUAAUGGUUGGACCAUAGAUCCAUUCGGGGAAUCACCCACAAUGGCAUAUUUAUUAAAACAAGCUGGUUUAAAUAAUUUAGUGAUACAACGUAUACAUUAUUCUGUGAAAAAAGAACUUGCACUAAAUCAACAACUUGAAUUUCGCUGGCGUCAAAUGUGGGAUCAACAUGGAAGUAACGAAUUAUUUACACAUAUGAUGCCAUUUUACAGCUACGAUAUACCACACACAUGUGGACCUGAUCCUAAAGUAUGUUGUCAAUUUGAUUUUCUACGUUUACCUGGUUUGGGUUUAUCGUGUCCGUGGGGUGUACCACCACAACGUAUCACAAACGCGAAUGUUGAUAAAAGGGCGUUAAUGUUAUUAGAUCAAUAUCGACAAAAAUCAAAAUUAUAUAAAUCGAAUGUAUUAUUAAUUCCACUUGGUGACGAUUUUCGUUAUGAUCGAAGCACAGAAUGGGAUGAACAAUUUCAAAAUUAUGAAAAAUUAAUUCAAUAUAUGAAUAGAAAUAAUCAUUUGAAUGUUGAAAUACAAUUUGGUACAUUAAAUGAUUUUUUUACGGCAUUACGUGAAGAAAGAAGUGUUUAUGAUUUUCCAAAUUUAUCGGGUGAUUUCUUUACAUACGCCGAUCGUGAUGAACAUUAUUGGAGUGGAUAUUACACAUCACGACCUUUUUAUAAACGAAUGGAUCGAAUUUUACUCUCAUAUUUACGAGCGGCUGAAAUAAUCACAUUUUAUGCUGCAAAUAGUGGAAAAAUUGGAUCUGCAUGGAUGUUAGGAUCCGAGAGUCAAGUUUCUAAUUAUCUUUCACAAGCUCGUCAAAAAUUAAGCUUGUUUCAACAUCAUGAUGGUGUUACUGGAACUGCUAAGGAUUUUGUAGUUGUUGAUUAUGGAAUGAAAAUGUUAAAAGCUAUUUAUUACACACAAAGAGUAAUUCAACAUGGCGUCAAUGUCUUACUAUCACAGUUACCUACCGUUCCAAAUGCGGAUAUCACUUAUUAUGAAGUUGAUGAUAAUCGUACUGUAUACAAUGAUUUGCCGCGAAAGAAAAUAAUUGACGUAAAAACAGGAAAAUCGCAAGAAGUUGUUUUAUUUAAUAGUUUAACGCACACACGUAAAGAGGUUGUUACCUUUUAUGUGACAUCCCCUUAUGUUAAGGUUUAUAGUUCCAAAAUGGAACCUGUACAAUGUCAAGUGAGUCCUACAUUCACCGAAAAUAAAUUUAAUGAUUAUUAUGAAUUAGCAUUUGUUGCAAAUAUUUCUCCAUUAAGUCUUACUGUUUACAUAAUAUCGUCAUCAGGCGAAUUCGAAAGUACAACCAUUUUUUCGAAAGUAAAACUGUAUAACUAUGGAUUUGAUAUACCUAAUGUGGAGGGUUUUAUCAACAAUAUUGAAGUAAUUCCAAUUGGUAGUGAUUUUUCAAUAAAAAAUGAUCGUGUUACAGCGGCAUUUAAACAUAAUGGUUUUUUAAAAGCAAUUAAAGUUGGUACCACUACAUAUCCAGUUCAUUUAGAUUUUGCUAACUAUGGAGUAACUUCAGAACAAGAAAAAAGUGGAGCGUAUUUAUUUUUACCAAAUGGGGAUGCUCAACCGAUACCAGCUGAAGCAAAUAGUGUAAAAGUUAUUGAAGGACCAAUAUAUUCGUCAAUAACUUUUGAAAUGAAUUUAGUGAAACAUUCGGUGCGACUUUAUAACUCUGGAGGCGCUGAUAGUGUGGGAUUAGAAAUACAAAAUAUUGUUGAUAUUAGACCAGCAAAAAAUUUCGAAAUGGUUAUGCGUUUAUCAACUCUUAUAAAUAGUACUAAUGAAUUUUUCACAGAUCUUAAUGGAUAUCAGAUUUUAAAACGAAAACGUUUUAAGAAACUACCAAUUCAAGCGAAUUAUUAUCCAAUACCAUCUUUAAUGUAUAUUGAAGAUUCAAAUUUACGUUUAACCGUAGUCACAAGUGGUCCAUUAGGUGGUAGCUCCUUACGCGAAGGACAAUUAGAAAUAAUGCAAGAUCGUCAAUUAUUACAUGAUGAUAAUCGCGGAUUAGGUCAAGGUGUUGUUGAUAAUGUACCAACUAAACAUACUUUUCGAAUUUUAUUGGAAGAACGUCAACCAAAUUGUUAUAUGAACAGUGAUAGUGAUCCUGCAGGAUAUCCUAGUCUACAUACACAUGUAGCAUCACAAUCAUUAUUAAAUCCAAUUUAUUCGUUAAUAUCCACAAAAGCAACUGCCACAUUUCCUGAUUCAAAUUUUUCUGGAUUAAAAACAAGUCUGGGUGUGGAUUUAUCCGUACCAUUCCUUCGUACAUCUGUGUAUGCUAAAUCUAAGCCAGAUAAUAUUGGAUUAAUAAUACAUCGGCAAAAUAUAAACACAUGUUUUAAAAAUAAUGAUUUCAAUAAUUUUCCACUUAGUAAUUCUGGUGCAGUCAAUAUAUCUUCAUUAAUACCAGACAAUUUAAGUGUAAAUGUUUACAAUUCAUCAUUAAGUUUUAUUAAUAUUGAUAAAAAACUUGAUAUCAAUCAAAAUCAAGUGAUUUGUCCAAUGGAAUUAAAAUCAUUUCUUUUAGAAAGAUGAGAUUUACUUAAAUUUAGGCUUAAGUAUCCAUUAUUCCGAACAAUUACUUAAAUAAAUCAUAAAUUAUUAUACAACAAAAUAUUAUAAUUACGCCAAGAACGACAACGGUAAUCAGAGCUGUUUAGUACACUGGAGUAUGCAAAUAUAAAUUUAACUCUACAGCAUAAUAUGUUUAAAGGCUUGCUGUGUCCAUUACACAUUCUUUGACGAAGAUUGACUACACAUAAACAUGCUAUGAGACGCUUAGAGGGAUUUCCAAGUAUAAGGAAGUACAUCUUAAAAAUGAAAAGGGGGUCGAUUUACUCCUAUCGAUUGUUAGGAGAAUGCAACAACAUCUUUCGUCUAAUCGACCUAAGUAUUUGUAUGCAUCCUUAUUACUAAAUUCAAACGUUUCUAGAGGGGUUUCAAAAUUGGGCUGUUAUUUUGUACCCCAAAGUUUAUAAAACUUUUUUUUUUCUUUUAAGCAAAAGUAUAGCACUGACGUAAAAAAGCUGAUUUCAAAAUUCUAAUAGCUAUAUAAUUCCUUUAAGAAAUUCCUAAGAUAAAUAUUGGUACGCCAAUUUUUCGUAGCCAAAUCCAAUCAUCAUAAUUCUGAUGAUUGAUAUUAUUUACUCUCUAUUAGAUUUGUACUCCAGCUAUAGCAUUAUUUUGGAAUUGACAUGGUGGUGAUCGACCU